GCCCCCCCUCUGCUCCUGUGAACCUGAUCUCCAGUGUAAACGGCACCUCAGUGACACUGGAGUGGGGCCCGCCCCUGGACAAGGGGGGACGUGCUGACAUCGUGUACAACGUGGUCUGCAGGCGCUGCGUGGGGGAUGCUGGCCAGUGCGAGGCGUGCGGCAGCGGGAUCCGCUUCGUGCCCCAGCAGAUGAGCCUGGUGCAGGGAGUGCUGACCGUCACCAACCUCCUGGCCCACACCAACUACUCCUUUUGGGUGGAGGCCGUCAACGGCGUGUCCGACCUCAGCCUGGAGUCCAGAAGAGCUGCAGUCGCCAACAUCACAACAAACCAGGCAGCCCCAUCCCAGGUGGUGGUGGUCCGCCAGGAGAGCACGGGCCAGAACAGCGUCACCUUGCUGUGGCAAGAGCCGGACCAGCCCAACGGCAUCAUCCUGGAGUAUGAGAUCAAGUACUACGAGAAGGACAAGGAAAUGCAGAGCUAUUCGACUCUGAAAUCCAAGGCCACCACUGCCACCAUCUCUGGGCUCAAGCCCGCAACCCGCUACAUUUUCCAGGUUCGGGCUCGCACGUCCGCUGGCUGCGGGAGAUUCAGUCAGACCGUGGAGGUGGAAACAGGGAAGCCCGUCUCUCUCCGAUACGACACAAUGACAAUUGUCUGGAUCUGCCUGACACUCAUCACUGGUCUUAUUGCAUUGCUGGUGGUCCUAAUCUGCAAGAAGAGGCACUGCGGGUACAGCAAGGCUUUCCAGGACUCCGAUGAGGAGAAGAUGCAUUAUCAGAAUGGGCAAGUAAAGUUCCCCGAGUCCAAGUUCUAUGUGGACCCACACACAUACGAGGACCCCUGCCAAGCCGUGCACGAGUUCACCCGUGAAAUUGAGGCCUCCCGGAUCAAGAUCGAGAAGGUCAUUGGGUCUGGGGAGUCUGGAGAGGUGUGCUACGGCCGCCUGAAGCUGCCAGGGAAGAGGGAGAUUCCUGUGGCCAUCAAGGCACUGAAAGCAGGCUACACGGAGAAGCAGAGACGGGACUUCCUGAGCGAAGCCAGCAUCAUGGCGCAGUUCGACCACCCGAACGUCAUCCAUCUGGAGGGGGUGGUGACGAGGAGCAAACUGGUAAUGAUUGUUACUGAAUACAUGGAGAACGGCUCGCUAGACACCUUCCUCAGGAAACAUGACGGGCAGUUCACCAUCAUCCAGCUGGUGGGUAUGUUGCGUGGCAUCGGAGCGGGUAUGAGGUACCUGUCUGACCUGGGCUAUGUGCACCGGGACCUGGCGGCCCGCAACAUCCUGGUGAACAGCAACCUGGUCUGCAAAGUGUCUGAUUUUGGCCUCUCACGCAUCCUGGAGGAUGACCCCGAUGCUGCGUACACCACCACGGGGGGGAAGAUCCCCAUUCGCUGGACGGCUCCAGAGGCCAUUGCAUACCGCAAGUUCUCCUCGGCCAGUGAUGUGUGGAGCUACGGCAUUGUCAUGUGGGAGGUGUUGGCCUACGGCGAGCGCCCGUACUGGAACAUGACCAACCGGGAUGUCAUUAACUCGGUGGAGGAAGGCUACCGCCUGCCAGCCCCCAUGGGAUGCCCCACAGCCCUGCACCAGCUCAUGCUGGAUUGCUGGCAGAAGGACCGCAGCGAGAGGCCACGUUUCUCACAGAUUGUCGGCAUCCUGGACAAGCUCAUCCGCAACCCUGACAACUUGAAGUGCACAGCCACCGUGAACCGGUUCACCCAAACACCCUUCGACAGGCGUCUCCUCGACCUGGCCAGCUGUCUGACAGUGGAGGACUGGCUGGACUCCAUCCGGCUGGGCCACUACCGGGACAACUUUGCCAUGGCAGGGUACUCCUCCCUGGGCAUGGUGAUGCGCAUGAACAUUGAGGACGUUCGGAGUUUGGGCAUCACCAUGAUGGGCCACCAGAAGAAGAUCUUGAGCAGCAUCCAGGCCAUGAAGUCCCACCUUUCAAAUGGCCCCAGGAGGCAUCUCUGA